AUGCAAAGUGACGCCUCCGGGCUUGGCCAAAGGCGCGGCUAUGCCGCGUUGAACUCCUCCUCAAACCAACUCCUUCCUUCGUCCCCCAACUCUCCCAUUUCCCCGUUCCGCUCACCUGCGAGCAGUGCAUCGAGCUUGCCUCUGAGCCCUGUCCCAGGUAGCUUGCGGCAGUCCUUAGCACCCUCCAUCUCCGACCGGUUUCAUCUUUCCGCGGACCCUGCUGACUGGGGGGCGGACGUGUCCCGACCCGAAGCUGACGACGCCUUGCAUGAUCCACGCGAUGGGCGGAAGCACAACAACGGCAGCAUAUUCACGAGCCGAGGAUUCUGGAACGUGGGCUGCAUCGCACUGCUGGCUUGCAUUCUAAUUGGGCUAUUCCUGGGAUAUCCCAUCGCCACGCACAUCACCAGCAAGGCGAAGAAUACCAGCGCUGCUACAGUCGUCAACAACACGACUGCUCCCGUGUGGCCUAAUAUCUCGAAUUGGGGACUGAUCGACAACGAUACUCCAAAAGAGUUCCACAGGAUCUACUCGUACCACGAUCCAACUAAAGAGAUGCAACUUGUCUUUAGCGACGAGUUUGAGACCGAAGGGCGCACAUUUUACCCUGGCGAUGACCCGUAUUUUGAGGCCGUCGAUUUGCACUAUUGGUCUACUGGCGACCUGGAAUGGUACGACCCCGCGGCCGUCACGACCCGCGCUGGUGCCCUUGAAAUUAGUAUGAACGAGGUUUUGGAUAUCUCUCAGAACCACAACAUGUCAUACCGCAGCGGCAUGCUUAGCAGCUGGAACAAGUUCUGCUUCACGGGAGGUCUUAUCAUGGCGGCUGUGAACCUCCCCGGGACGACCAACGUUCUUGGUCUCUGGCCUGCAGUGUGGACUAUGGGUAAUCUUGGACGCGCUGGCUAUGGCGCUACCCUCGAGGGUAUGUGGCCCUACUCAUACGACACCUGCGAUGUUGGCACGCUUCCGAAUCAAACACUGCCCGAUGGCUCUGGGCCUCCUGCUGCGCUCCAUUCCGGCUCGAAAGAUGUCAAGGGGGAGCUGUCAUAUCUUCCAGGACAACGACUCUCCCGCUGUGUAUGCCCAGGCGAAUCACAUCCCGGACCUAUGCACAAGGAUGGCACCUAUGUCGGCAGGUCCGCGCCGGAGAUCGAUAUUUUCGAGGCGCAGAUCGAAGAAGAGGUGAUCGGACGAGUGAGGCGAGUCAUUUUCCCGAGAAGACGUCAGAGUGCGCAAUGGGCACCUUUCGACGCGGGCUACAACUGGGUCAACACGUCGGAUACGCUCUACAUCGCUGAUCCGACUUUGUCGAAGCAAAACUCUUACUCUGGCGGGAUUUGGCAGCAAGCUACUUCCGUUGUAUCAACAACCAACCAGGACUGUUAUCAGCUCAAGUCGCCAUGUUUUGCCGUCCAUGCGUUCGAGUAUAUUCCAGGAUAUGACGACGCGUACAUAACCUGGGUCACCGACAACAAGGUCUCAUGGACAAUGCGUGGGGGUGCUGUCGGCAAGAAUGAGCUUGCGCAGAUUGGGCCCAGAGAAGUCACUCGCGAGCCACUGUAUAUUCUCAUCAACUUGGGUCUCUCCCAUGGCUUCGUCUGGGACAUCGACUUUAAGCACUUGACCUGGCCUGCAGUGAUGCGCAUUGACUGGAUUCGUGUUUAUCAGGACCCCAACCAAAUAAAUGUCGGUUGCGAUACCCCGGAACGGCCGACGGCCCAGUAUAUCAAUACGUACCUCGAGGCGUACACCAAUCCCAACUUAACAACUUGGGAAGACGGCUACCACCAACCAGUGCCCAAGAAUAAAUUAAACGGCGGGUGUUAG